AAUCAAUUGUUAUAUAUAGUGCGAAUUCGCUAGUGUUUCAAAGGAAUGGAAUGACACUAGAGGUGAUUCUGAAAAUGAAGACACUGAUUCUGUUAUUAAUACUGGGAUAUUUUAUUGCAGACGUAAAGGGGCAGAUCGGGGUGACGGGAUGUACUGUGGCAACACAAGCGAAUUGCCCAAAUUUCCUUCCUAACUCGUAUUGUAAUUUAGGAUCCAUGCUAUGUGAAUGCCCUGCAGGGUAUACAGCAACACUCCCCAACGUUGCUUGCGAAUAUAAUUGUGGAAAUCUGACUGACCCAGACAAUGGCUUAGUUACUACCCCAGCCGGUACUCACACUGGUGAUGUUGCUACAUACACGUGUUUUAUUACAUUUGAAGUUGUUGGUACAGCAACGAGAACUUGUCAGCAAGACACUGGUUGGGAUGGUGCUGCACCAACAUGUGAACCAGCUGAAUUAGGGGAUGCCUGCUCAACAAACAUUUUCCAGUGUAAUAACAUAGCAAAUGCAGGAUGUGUGGCGUUUUCAACUUGCCAAUGUAAUGCCGGGUAUGAAGAUGACGGAACUGGAUUAGCAUGUACUGAUAUCGACGAGUGUACUCCGAAUCAAUGUCAAAAUAGUGGAACUUGUGUAGAUGGCAUCAAUGCAUACACCUGUACUUGUCUUCCCGGGUAUAAUGGAGACAAUUGUGAAAAUGAUAUUGACGAGUGCACACCGAAUCAAUGUCAAAAUGGCGCUACUUGUGUUGAUGGUAUUAAUGCAUACACAUGUACUUGUGUUGCCGGAUAUGAAGGAAUCAACUGUCAAACCAACAUCAAUGAGUGUAUUGGGAAUGUCUGUCAAAAUGGAGCCACUUGUGUCGACGGUAUAAAUCAGUACACAUGUACAUGUGUGGCGGGGUAUGACGGAAAUUUCUGUCAAAACAACAUCAAUGAAUGCGCGUCACAUGCGUGUCAAAAUGGCGCCACUUGUGUUGAUGGCAUAAAUACAUACACGUGUAUCUGUGUGGCUGGGUACGACGGCAAUUUCUGUGACAAAAAUAUUGAUGACUGUGCUACAUCACCUUGCCAGAAUGGUGGUACAUGCCAAGAUGCUGUCAAUGACUAUACCUGUGUUUGUGUGGCAGGUUAUACUGACAAAAACUGUCAAACCAAUAUCAACGAGUGUGAAUCACAUGCAUGUAACAAUGGAGCUACAUGUGUUGACCGAGUUAAUGCUUAUGAAUGUGUAUGUGCCGCAGGCUGGGAAGGCACCUUCUGUACUUCAAAUAUCAACGAGUGUGAAUCACAUGCAUGUAACAAUGGAGCUACAUGUGUUGACCGACUUAAUGCUUAUGAAUGUGUAUGUGCCGCAGGCUGGGAAGGCACUUUCUGUACUUCAAAUAUAAACGAAUGUGAAAGUAACCAGUGUCAAAAUGGAGCUAUUUGUGUUGACGGUAUUGACGACUAUACAUGCGACUGUGUCAAUGGUUAUAAUGGAAUAUUUUGUCAGAACAACAUAAAUGAAUGUCUUGGUCAUGCGUGUGAGAAUGGCGCUACAUGUGUUGACGGGAUUAAUCAAUAUACAUGCACGUGUGUUGCCGGAUAUACGGGGGAAUUUUGUGCGACAAUUAAAAUUGAGGAUGUGGCGGUAUGCACCAGAGACACUGACAACAGAGGCACAAUUUGGGAAAAUACACCUGUUGGUUUAGUAGUGAACAAUUCUUGUGGCGAAGAUUUUAUAGGACAUAUUACUAGAGCAUGUUCUUCUGAUGGAAUAUGGCAAUUACCUGUGUAUAACUGCAUACGAGAUUCCGUACAAAAUAUCAGGAAUGUCGUUGAUGCACUGAGUAAUACUUCAGAGCCGGAAAAUUUUAAUACUGUUUUGGCUGACAUAGUGAGCGCAACAGUCCAAAGAGAAAAUGCAACUGAGAAGUUAACUAAUGGAGAAAUGAAACUGCUUACAACGUCAUUGAAAACAAUUGCGACUGUACUGCCACCUCAGUUAGUGAUUAAUGAAUCGAUUUUAGAUAGUUUCUUUGAAUCUGUGGGUAAUAUCAUUGACAACAAUAACAGUGACACCUGGCGAUCAGAACAGGAGAGUACAAGUGCAGUUCAGUUAGUGUCAGCUGUAGAUCAAAUUGCUGAAACACUCAGUGAAAAUUUGCAACCUGGCGAGAAACGAAAUAUAAGAAAUGCGAAUAUCGCGCUCCAGGCGCAAACAUUAGCAGAAAGCAAGAUUGUGUAUCCGGACGAAAACAUGGACAUUGAAUGGCUUAACACAAUUAGCAGCAAAAUAGAAUUGCAGCCACAAGCGUUUAAUGAUGUAACAGAUCAAGUCAUUGCUACAGCAGUUGUAUACCGGAACCUUAGUGGCAUUCUACCAAAUACAUAUUCUAAAAAUGCAGGUAAAGGUUCGUCAGAGAAAAACAGAAUAAAUGGAGCAAUACUUGCAAUGACGAUACCGUCUGAAUAUUCAGCAAGGCAGUUAAAUCCUCCGAUUUCCAUUACAUUUGAGCAUUUUGAUAAGACGCUAUCAUCUCCAAUAUGCGUUUAUUGGCAAAAGGAAAGUGAAUCCCAGGGUAUAUGGUCAGACGAUGGAUGUGAGCUUAUUUCAACUAGCAAUGACGUCACAGUUUGUGAAUGUGAACAUCUGACAAAUUUUGCUGUAUUGAUGAGCCCUAUCAAACAGACUGAAGAAUCGGCUUGGGAUCUUCGCAUAAUUUCAAUGGUCUGUCUAUCUUUAUCUACACUUUGUUUGGUUGCAACCAUCGUUCUACACUUUACCUUCUGGAAGCGGUUAAGAAGCCAGAGAACAACUGUGAUGAUACACUUAUGUGUAUGUUUAAUUGUGGCCUACCUUGUAUUUCUAAUUGGUAUCAACAAAACAGAACAUCAAAAACUUUGUACGGCUAUAGCGGUAUUUUUGCAUUACAUUUUUCUGGUAGUCUUUGGUAUAAUGUUUCUACAAGGACUCCAAAUUGUCAUAGCAGUACAAUACGUCUUCAAGACAAGGUUGAAUUUGAAAAUUCUUCUGGUCAUGGCAUGGAGUUUACCAGCUUUUAUUGUUGGCAUUUCAAUUGCUUUGUCAAAGCUUAAAGGCUACGGGAACAAGAAGUUAUGCUGGUUAACGUCAGAUAAUUGGUUGAUCUGGUCAUUUGUGGGUCCAGCAAUUGCUGUCAUCUCUUUCAAUGCAAUAUGUCUAUGUCUGGUUAUACGUGCUAUAUUUCGUACAAGAGCCAUGCAGACAAAACCUGUUGGGAAACGAGUAAAAACAAGCAUUUGGGCACUAUGCGUAUUGCUUCCACUCCUUGGUAUUACCUGGAUCGUCGAGGUGUUUUACAUUGAUGGUAACUCGGAAUUCCUUCAGUACAUAUUUGCAAUUUUAAAUGGACUACAGGGAUUUUUUAUUUUCCUAUUUCAUUGUGCCCUUAAUAGACAGGUUAAAAAGGCAAUGGGAGAACAACGAAUAAAAAAGGUAUCUAAGAAAUUCACGCAAGACGUGGUUGUAUAAG